AUGCGCACUAGUAUCUUCUUGUCCGCAGCAUUGGUGUGCCUGUCAUCUUGUGGCGAAGCUGUAACAGCUUUAGCCUCUGAGAACCUUGUCGCAUUUGAGGGGGCUCCGCUGAUGCUGCACCACGACGCUAUCAUUGAUGCCGAUGAAAACACCGGGAGGCGCCACCUUCUGGCGCGUGAUGAGGGCUCAAAACUUGAGCGCGGUUCGCUUGACGGCAACACCGAUACCACGGUUACGGUCAACGACCCCCGACCCCAUACACGUGGUGCUUAUGGCUUCGAUUAUGAUGAAGGAUCGGAUGACUCGAUUAGUUCCGAAAGCUCGGACAGCGCCAACGGCAUCCCCAGCCAUGACAGUAUCGAGAGCUCCGACGAGUACGGCAAGGCCAACUUGAUACGUGCUCCUCACCAUCACUACAAAGGUUUUAAAGGUGCAAAGCUAAAAGCCCGUUUCAAAUUCAAGCAUCAGACUCGAAGUCAAACGCUUGCCAAGAUAGACAAGAUCAAGAACGAAGGAGGUGAUGACGACAGCCUUGAAGAAGAAGACGCCUACCUCGGACUUCUUGACGAUCGAUGCACCCUUCCACAGUACAAGGAGGAGCUCGCUUGUGCUCAGGCCUGA